CCUGUCAAAAUUUACUUGAACUUUCCAAGCAGAAAUACUAUCUAAGAUUUGAUAUGAAAAACAUGAACCCUAACUUUUUAGAUGGUGCUGACCAGGAAACACAGGAGUUGUUUAGUAAACUGCUGUUAAAUGCGGCUGCAGAUGAACAGAUGGGUAAAGUGCCAGAGCGAACCUACAACUCAGUUGUUCCAAAACCAGGGUUUUGCAUCAAGACCAAAAAUGACAAGGGAGAAAAAGUCUUUGUCAACGUUUGUCAUGCAAGCAAUGUUCCAGAACCUAAGGACUUGACAGAUGAGGAAUUGAUCAAAGUUUUGGAAUCAGAAGACCCCACAGAUUUUCGCAUACCAAUGAGCUUAGGAGAACCACAUGUGGAAAUGGACAAAGGUGGUAAAGGCUGCACAGCCUACGAUGUCAUCGUCAACACCAAAUUUUUAGCAAAGAUGGAGAAAAGUGAGCUCUUCAAAACAUUUUUCAUCACUAUAAGUUUUGAAGGACUUGAAAGUAAAUUCCAGACGACAAUAUCCAAAGAAUGGGUUAUUCUGAAAAACAAGAAAUUCAUGGGGACACUAACAGAACAGAAUGUCCGCAAAGAAUCCAAGCCCUUCAUAAUGGAAAUGGAUGGACCAAGUGGACCUCCUGCAACUCAAGGAAAAAAACCAUUGAUAACAGAAAUUUCCAGCCAGAAAUCCACAGAUUCCAACUCACCAGCUGUUAAGACGUCUAAAGCUCCCACGCCAAAGUACACCAUCUUACAGGAUCCACCAGAAGGCCAUCCUGAGUUCCUGGUAGCUGAAAUUCAUCUCCCAAAAGUGAAAGCAGCCAGCAGUUUUACACUAGACAUUGGUGAGGACAGAAUUCUUCUACAGACAAGAGCUGACAUCUACCACAUGGACAUUUUCUUGCCCUAUAACCUUAUUCAGGAGGAGUGUGGAGCGCAGUUCCAUCGCAAAUCUAAGAUCCUGACCAUCACAAUGCCAGUACAGCCACUAAGGUGAUGAUUUGUGUAUGUCUUGAUGCAUAUACCCACCUCCUCUGAAGGAAAUUGACAUACAUGUAUUCUAUUCUAUUCUAAUGUAAAUAAUAUUUCUUUGAGUGUUAAAUUUUCUUUGAAGUAAAAGGCCAUCCAAAGUCAGUAUAUUUGUCUAUGUCAUAGGCUUGUUUGCCAGGUAAAAAUAUGAAUGCCUAAGCAAGAAUAUGUUAAGGCUUGUCUCCAUCUGGAAUCAAAUGUAUAACAUACAAGGAUAGGAACUGGCCGUCAAUAGAUGCCAUCUACCAAGUCAUGUCAUAUCACAUUCCUUGCCUUCAAAAUGAAAAUAUUGAUGAUGUUAGGUUAACAAAUGUGUCUGACAAAGUUUGCUUUUCAAUUAAAAUGAGGCUUACAUGUU